CGGAACGGUAACUCUGAUACCAGCACGCCAAGACAACUACAAUUUUUCAUUUCAUUUGACAUCGGUAUAAAACCAAGUGGUUCAAAAAUUGUACAACUUUUAGAGUGUGUAUCAGCUGGGCAAGCAUUUCGGAAACUGCUAGUGAAGACGCAUGCCGAAGAAAAUCGAAGACAUUAUUGUGAUAUCUUCAUCUGACACCAGCGAAAGCAGUGAUGAUUCGUCUGAUUCAGAUUCAGAUUCCGAAUCCAGUUCCCUUUCCGAUGAUACCUUAAAUAUAGGUUUGUCGGAUAAAAUACACAGAGCAUCAACACCAGAAAACAAGUCUUUGCCGCAGCAUCCAGGUUCAAACACUAAACACAACAACACAAACACGUCCAAUGGGACCACACAACCGCAAGAUAAACCCUUGAAAGCAAAUGAUCUACAAGCUCAGCAGUUCGAGACUGUAGCUAAUGGCCAGUCGCAGGAUCAUCCGAUUAAAAAAGAUGGUACUAUAGCUAAAGUCCAGUCGCAGGAUCAUCAGAUUAAAAAGGACGGUACUGUAGCUAAAGUCCAGUCGCAGGUUCAUCAGAUUGAAAAGGCUGCCACUGUCCCUAUAUCUAAACCACAACUUAAGCGCGACGAAAAUAUUGAAGCCUUUGCUACACAGGCGGGGUCUUUCAAUAAAAUCAAACCCUCGGAAGCUGAAGUCCAGUCACAGGACCCUCCGAUUAAAAAGGUGACCACACCGCCUAUAUCUGAACCACAACUAAAGAGCGACACAGAUACUGAAGCCUUUGCUGCACAGGCGAGGGCAUUUAAUAAAAUCAAACCCUCGGGAGCUAAAGUCCAGUCGCAGGAUUAUCAAAUUAAAAAGGUUGCCCCUUCGCCGAUAUCUAAACCAAAACUAAAGCGCGACAUAGACAUAAGAGUCUAUGCUAGACCGGCGAGGGCAUUCAAUAAAAUCAAUCCCUUGAGAGGAUUGCAUUAUGAUCAACAGCAGCGUCGAAAGCCAGGAGAGCUGGUAGAACCAACGAAGGGCAUUACUGUCUUAAGUUUUGUGCGCGAACAGCUAAAAUGCUUCGACAAGAUCUGCGAUAAACUGAUAGAGAAUCUAAAAGAGAUCGACGAUCAAGCGGAUUGCCUCAACAUCAUUGGCUCGAGCUUCAAAUUGUCAUCGUCGUGCCUUAAGCUGUUUUUCGCAACUGCCAAGGAUAGCUUAUCCCGGCUGAAGGAGGCCGUACUGGGCUUAGUCGCAUGCACACGUUCGUUGGAGCGUACCUUUCAAAUCCUUAAGGAACCAAAAGAGAAAGCCACCGGGCCAACGCAGAUUAUCCGGUUACUUUCAAUGGGCUUAGAUAUUUUGAGAAAACUCCGACAGGUUGUAUUCUUCUGGUACAACUCGAAAGAAAAAGAAGCCGACGCCGACGAUUCAGAAGAGGAAUCUCGGAACCGUUGCGGAACAGGUCGUGGAGCCGACCAACAGUUUGAAUCAAAUUUUCCCCGGAAGAGACGCAACCAGGAGGAGGAUCCUCGUCUGAUUAAGUACCGGCGCGUGGACAACUCAUUUCCUCGCUUUAUACCGAAUGCGCCUGCUGAGGACCCGAUUCCCAACAAGUCCAUGGCAGAACGAGAGCGCGAAAAUCAGCAACAUACCUCGAAGCGGCAGUCCAUAUUUAAUCCGCCUGUAUACACGCUGCACCGCGUGCGCAACGAUGGCCCCAUUGUGCUCAACCCGUUCGACCUUCCGGACGACGAGGAGAAUAUUCACACAUUCGGCGCCACUGGUGGUCCAUCAUCCAGACAGUCCGCAGCACCUUCGCGUACCCAUCCACAGCUGUUCUACUCGGACGUCGUGCGCGGUGGUCAGAAUGGAUUCGGGGAGACGCUUGCCAAUGGGCAUCCCGCUUACGCUGGACGCAGAGCUCCGGCUCAGGCGGAGAAGAGCAUCCUGACGCAUGAGAUGGAGCGCAUGGAGCAUGAGCAGUACCUCAAUCUGAUCCACACAGUGGCUCACAAUGAUUCGAGUGCCAGUCGCUUUAUAAAACCGGCUGCCCCGCCGCUGCAGCGCAUCGAUAUCCAGUGGCCAACCUGGAGCUCCCUGCUGGGCGCUCGUCAGUCGCGUCCAUCGCCUCAGCCGAUGCGUAAGGAAAGCGAGCUAUCCGAGUACGCCAAGUUGAUCAACCGCGAGGUGAAGGAGAAGACCCGCUCGCCGGCACCACCGAGCCUGAUGCACAUCGGCAGCAUAAAUAACAGCCAUGCGUCCACCAUUUCCAUUAGCGAGAGCAGCUCCAACAAAUCGAGCAGCGACAGCUCUGAAGAAUCCAGCAGCGACUCGGAUUCCUGUGAGAUUACCGAGAUGGAGGAAAACGUCGAUAACAAGAAAGCCACCAAGACUAAUCAUAUACCUAAUACGGAUGCUCAGAAACAACUACAAAGCAUCCAGAAGCCUGCCAGGUUCUCCAUGUCGGAUAGCUUGCAUCGCCGCUUCGCCAAUGGCGUCUACCUCAAAGAGGACUUUGCAGAGCAGUUUAAGGCGAGGGAAGCGCGUAAGCAGGAGGAAAUGGAACACCUCCGUCUUUUGGCAGAAAAGGAGGCUAUUCGCAGCACAGAUCAACGUCGCCAAUACGAAGAAAAGCUGCGCGAGAGCAUUUUCCAGUACCGCAUCCCUCAUAAGCCUAUUUUCGUUAUUGGGGGAGCAAUUAAGCCGGUUGAAAAGAAAACAUUGCUUCGUCCGCUGACAGAGGAGGACAUGCGUCGCUGGGCACACUUGAUGAAAGGUGGUCCCGAGACUGAGGUUAUUAUUACGAAGUUUAACUAUCGCAUAACCCGCAUUGAUUUGAAUACGUUUAAUUCGAACAACUGGCUUAACGACGAAGUCAUAAACUUCUACAUGAGUUUGAUUACCGAACGCUCCGAGAAGCGUCGUGGAGAACUGCCAAAUGCGUACGCCAUGAACACUUUCUUCGUGCCACGCCUUCUGCAGAAUGGGCACGCGGGCGUAAAGCGCUGGACCCGAAAGGUUGACCUGUUCGCAAUGGACGUGAUCCCAGUUCCAGUUCACUGCAACAACGUCCACUGGUGCAUGGCCAUCAUUCACAUGAAGAACAAGACAAUUCUCUAUUACGACUCAAUGGGAAAGCCGAACCCAACCGUGCUGAGCGCCUUGGAGGCCUAUUUGCGCGAGGAGUCCCUGGAUAAACGCAAGCAGCCGCUGGACACCAGCGACUUCAGGAUUGAGAGCGCUCAGAACAUACCACAACAACUAAACGGCAGCGAUUGCGGACUGUUCAGCUGCAUGUUCGCAGAGUAUAUAUCUCGCGACGUACCAAUAACCUUUUCCCAGGAGAACAUGGAGUACUUCCGCAAGAAGAUGCCCCUGGAGAUUGCCGAAGGGAAGCUAUGGUUGUAGGCGUGCUGUGUCCAAACCCAAAAAACACACAGCCACUAAUACUAGCUUAACACGAGGAGAUGAACGAGUUCUUAAUUUAUUGAUUAGACAUCUAACAUCAACUUUCCAAGCGAGGAUUCGCAGCAGAAGCCUUGCCACCAAUCGAACACAAAUCGAUCUCAUCGCCGAUUCGAUUCAGUUAGUUCGAUAGGGCGGCAGCAUGCAUGCGCACAAACUUGCUUAACAUCUCAUUUCACUUUUCACACAUCCACUACAAAUUGUAACACUUCCAAUAGAACCUGCGAUGCUGAUGAGCAAUUCAUUUUUCAAUAAAGCUCCGGCAAAUUGACAGAAUAA